AUGUCGGUCUUUCUUCUCCCUGUUGAUACAUGCAACAAACUUGAAGGGAUGAUGUCCAAGUUUUGGUGGCGUUCUGAUAGUUCAAAGUCGCAUGGUGUCCAUUGGAAGAGUUGGCAGAAUUUAACAAAGCAUAAGCAUUUUGGUGGUAUGGGCAUUCGAGAUUUAAGAGAUUUUAAUCUCUCUAUGUUGGGUAAGCAAGCUUGGCAGUUGGUUGUGAAUGAGUCUUCUCUUGUAAGUCGUUUAUACAAGGCUCGGUAUUUUCCCCGAGGUUCUUUCUUCAAUGCUGAACUUGGUAACAAUCCAAGUUUUAUUUGGAAAAGUAUUCUUGAAACUCAGAAGUUAAUUUUGUCUGGGGUUCGGUGCAACAUAGGGCCUGGUACUUCAAUUGAUAUUCAGCGGGAUCCUUGGUUUCCUGACGCAUUCAAUCCCUUUGUGACGUUGCAUUUGGUGGGGUUAGAUGAUUGUCAAGUUGCUAGUCUGAUGGAGGUUAAUGAUAGAUGA